AUCUACGUCCAGACACGUAACCCUGCCAACCUGAACAUGCUGAUGGUGAGGGAUGAGUACCCUGAUCGGCCCCUGACACUGGAGGGCGCACUGGGGAAGAAGAAGCACUACCAGCAGUUCCAGCCGGUGAUCACACUGGCCAAAGGCUACACCAUCCACUGGGACCAGGCAGCGCCCGCUGAGGUCAUCAUCUGGCUCAUCAACUUCAACAAAAAUGACUGGAUCAACGUGGGCCUCUGCUACCCACAAGGCACCACCUUCACCGUCAUCUCCGAUAUCCACAACCGCCUGACCAAGCAGACCCGCAAGACCGGCGUCUUCAUGAGGACAGCGCAAAGGGACAAGAUCAACCACUCCCACCUGGCCAGAGGAUACUACUACUGGGAGGAGGACACUGGCCUGCUCUUCUUGAAGGUCAAGGCCCAUAACGACAGGGAACAGUUUGCCUUCUGCUCUGUCAAGGGCUGUGAGAGGGUGAAGAUCACAGCCGUCAUCCCUAAAGGCAGUCUACCCAGCAACUGCAUGGCCCAGGCCUACCCCAAACACGCUGAGCUGCCUGUUGUGGAUGUACCCAUGCCCAGAAAGAUACCUAAUGUCAGGCUGAACUCACCAGAACACUUCUUGGAGGUCAAACUGGAGUCCUACAACACUCGAUUUUUCCACAUCAAAGAAGACUUUGCUUUUACUGAGGUGAACAGCAGGAAGUUGUACCAGCCAGAAGAUGGGGUGCAACUGACAGUUAUUGAUGGACAUGAUGGGAAGGUGGUAGAGAACAAAGGCUUCAGGAACUCCAUCUUACAGGGCAUCCCGGCACAGAUAGACAACUACGUCACUGGACUGAGAGAUGGUUCAAUCGUCCUCCUUACAUCUAAGGGCCGUCUGGUUACCAGAGGAAGCUGGACUAAAGUCUUGGAAAGACUUGGAGCAGACAAAAGUAUCAAAUUGAAAGAUAAGCUGGCAUUUGUGGGCUUCAAGGGCUCCUUCCACCCUGACUGGAUCCAUAUGGAGGUGGACGCCAAUCGAGCCAAGAUCCAUCAGGUCUUGCCCAUCCCUGUGGUCCACAAGAUGAAGCUAUGAAAGGCAGGCAGAGUGGGGAGGACAGCAAAGAGACUAUGAAGCCCCCAGAUACUAACAUUCGUUGCCAAUCCCCCAAAACAAUGCACAGACACGCACUUACACAUGCACAUACACACUGCCAGCACCGCAGGCAGUUGCUCCAUGCCAUUGUAAAGGAUCAGUGGUGUUUUUUCUAGA